AUGAGCGGACGCCUCGUUCCCAUCCUCCUAGCCGCUGGUGUCGGCAUCGUCUCGGGCGUGUACAUCUGGAAUGAGCCACUGCAACAGGCGACUGGUCUCCGCCCCGCUCCGGAAGGCGUCAAGCCCGUGAUCGACUGGAAAGCACAGAAGGAUGCUGGGGAUGCGCCAGCUGCGGAGCCCACCAAGCCGGCGCCAGCGACGGAGAAGAUGCUAGCAGAUGCCAAGAAGUAG